AUGUCGCAAGAGCUAUUUAGUAACGUCUUUGUUACCCUAGUCGAAGAUUAUGUCAGGGAGUCUGUUACCGAAAUCAGGGAAGCGUUCAAUCUGAUUUUGGAGCUUACUGGCAAAGUCAGUGCUGGUGCUGGUUUGGUCGAUGCAGGCUCUGCAGUCUUGAGAAAUGGUCGCCGAUCAAUCCCACUGGUCUUUGAGUAUGACAUGGAAGCCCUGAGAACGAACCGUUCCAUCAAGUCUCACAAAAAAAUUGCGAAUCCACUCAUUGGAAUCAAUGCCAAUGACGGUACGCCAGCCUUGGCUCAUCACUAUCGUCUGAAUGGGGUAAGAGGAAGGGAGUCCAACAGAACGCGUGAUUAUGAUAUUUAUCAUUUUGAGGACGGUACUGCUCACCUUCGGGUGCCCUCCGUCGGAUCCAGCAGCUCUGUCACCAGGCGACACGACGGGGCGGGCGUCAAGAUUGCUUUCCAACACGCGUCUGUCGCCCUUGCUCCCAGCGAAUAUGACGGUGCAGCCUCGGCUAUUGCGAGUAGAUGGCAAGAGUAUUCGGAGCAGGGCUAUGCCAACGUUUUCGGGUUCAUGGAGAAGAACAACCAGGAGGUAUUUUACUAUCGUUCUAUUGUGGAGGGUCAAGGAUUUGGUGACAACUAUGAAGAUAUUAUGGCUUGUGGCGAUAUAAGCUUAUAUGUGGGUAGUUCUUGGUAA